AUGUUCUCUCCAUCCCAGAACGAAGGCGGCCCGGCCACGGCGACUCGCUCCCGACGGCGGUUGCGCCCCAAGAGCCAGGAACAGCUUGUCGCGGCUCCGAAGCCAAAGAGGCAGCGCGUGCCCUUGAGCGAGCAGACGUCGACCAACACAGACUCCCAGCCUGAGAUGGCUGAGGUCAGACCCGAAAAGGCUGCAACGCCCGCCGAGCCCAAGAAGGACGUCGAGAAUGUGGCUCCCGUGCAGACCGUGCUACGCAAGGAGCUGAUUGUCCGGACGAAGAAGCCCAAGCACGGCGAUCGUGCUGCUCAAAAGGGCGAUGGAAGCCUUCUCCUGACAAGUACCAACGCAUACACUGUUAGCAAAUUACCAGCGCUGCCCGACAGAAUCCGGAGUGACUGGUCUGGGAGCCAACACGCCGACAUCUUCUCUUCCUUCGGCUACGCUUUAACGCUGACACCUACCCAUGCUAUUGUUUGGCCCUACAACUCGACCUCGCAAUCCCCCGAGACCUUCACCUUCACUCUACCGUCCUCUUCGAAGCCAAACGACGCCCUCCCCGUAGGAUGUCUCGUCUCUCCCUCUGCCUCUACCACCGAGCCCGGCCUGGUCGUUGUGAUGGCCAGCACCGGCAAGGUUGUCUUUUGGGAGUCCAUCUCCAGCGCCGCCACAUUCGCCUUUAUCAAGAAGGACAGAUCGGGCGUUGAGCAUAUGAUCUCUGGAAUGUCAUCGGGCGAAAAAGUGGUGGCCAUCACCAAUGCAGAGACCGCAGGGUUUCUUUUGACUUUCAACAGCGGACGUCUCGCCUAUAUGAACGUACGCGAUAGCCACGGACGACCGGCCAUCUCUGUUCAGUUUCUACGAAGCAACCUGUCAAGCACUACCGGUGGCCUAUUCGGCACCAUUCGCUCCGCCUUUUCGCACCUGGGCCUCAAGGGGGACAUUGCGGCUGUCCGGGCUGAUAGGUCUGCGAGAGUUGGCGAGAAGAACAUUGUGGCUCUGACGAACAAGGGUAAGCUGCAGUCGUGGAAAGUUCACCGAGGAGGCCAUCACGAACCGUUUGGCGAAUUCGACGCCCGAGAAUCCAUCAUUUCUGCGCUCUGGGAAGCCGACCCCUUCUGCCGCGACUUUUCGGCCGACUCCUUUGAAGCUCUCGACUUCUCCUUCGUCCCGAGGGGCUUGGAGCACAAAUAUCUCGACCUCAGCAAGCUUAGCGCCGCUACUGCUACGGAUGACCCGUCUGUUCAGCAACUCUUGCUGCUUGUCAGCUUGACCAGUCGGACCGUCUCCCGUUACGCCCUUGUAGAAGUCAUUGUAACUCAGAGGAAGUUCCAAGUAGGCAUGAUCCGACCAAUUACUUCAUACAGCACACCUGUCUCGCAGGCGGACUCUAUUCAGGCGGUAAGGCCGCGACUCUAUCUGCCACGUCCCGCGCUCGUGGCCUUUGCGGUAUUCGAUCGUGCCGCGGUAAUAGCGUCCAUCGCAGUGUCGCCCGAGUCUCCUGAUUCUCAGCUUCAAUCCGACACACACACCCUAUCUCCUUCCUAUGAAGAUGUCAUCGACUUUCGCGAGGAUAAUGUCCACGAGGUUCUUGGAUCUGGGUUUGAAGAAAUGCCGCCCGCGUCGACUUCCAGCGAGGAAAGCCGAGCAGCUCGAGCAAAGAGCAAAAACCCAGCCGUGGUACUGUUGGUCCGCGGAGCCGGCGUCAUUCGCAUUGCAACCACGGAUGUCGAUAAAUUCGCCAGCGAUCAACCUCCACAAGUGUCUGCCAAGAACAAGCUGGAGCAGGCUGUCUUCUUUGGUACCAAGAAGAACAACCCUCUGGUGUUUAAUGCCCGCCAGGAGAUCCAGUUCUCAAAGGAUGAGAUCGCUCAGGCCGCACUGGAAGUCAGCAACGAGAUUCUGAGUUCGACCACCGCCUAUAUUGCGACCCUGCCCGCCUCGUUAGAGGAGAACCUUAUCGCGCGCUCUAAUGCCUUGGAGAAACUCAUCCUGCACCUCAAGGCCACGGGGGCCCAUCUGGACCGUACAACUCGCUGGGCUUUGAUGCACAAUGCAGAAAAGAUGCACGUCGCGACGCUUCUCUGGAAACGACAAGAGGCCUUCGUUGCAGCACGCCCAGCAGACCUUAAGAAGACUUUGAUCGGAUACAUUGUUGAGUUCAUCCACGAGGACCAGAAGCAUAAGCCCAGCCCCGAGGUUGGCGAAGUCGACCGCAUCCGCCAUUGGUUCCUGAACGACAUAUUCCGCCUUGAGCUCUUUGUGGCUUGGGCAUACGAAGUCAUCAAGAUCUUGUACAAGGACAAACUCUUGGAUGACGCCAAGGUGACAUACAUGAUUUACGAAGCCAUUCAAAUCAACAUCUGCGCCCUGCUGGGGGCUCUGGACUUCCGCAGAACGAACCUUGUCUUCUACGGGCUGGGUGACGAGAAGUUGAGGUUAGGCAUCCUGCGCGACGGAUACGAAGGCCUGCCCGAGCCCUGGACAGGUUGCCAUUAUGUUGCCAACAACAUCGCGCGCCUAGUUGAGCUCUCGGAUCAGUGGUAUUUGAAGUGGACUCAAACGGAUGCAGAGGAAACCACCAAGCCAGCCCACAGACCGGAUCCAGCUUUCAUUGAAAAGAUUUACAAAGACCUUCCGGCGGCUAUUGACGCCAUGCUCACCUCCAUCCUGGAAUAUUCUCGAUGGGCCGAGACGACACCAGACCAAAAGUCCAUGGGCCAGACAUUCGCCAAGGAAUACCAUAAGGAAAGGUACGAGAGACCCAUCAGCCUUGCGCGGGCAGGGAAAUAUGAUGAAGGAGCUGCCAUCGCCGAAAAGCACGGCUGUCUGGAAGGCCUGGCAGUCAUCCUGCUCGACCACAUGGAGGAGGUCGAGAUGGUGGGCCGCGAGCCCGCACUCACCGCUCUGGAGCUGGAGAGCCUGGCCAUCGUUAAGAGGGAGCAAGCGGAGCGGCUCAAGUCCAAAUUCACCCGGUAUGGCCAAGAGUUUGCCUUCCCCGUUUACGAGUACCUGCUCAAGAAACACGGGGUUGAGGCGGUGUUGGCGUUUGAGCUUGAAACAUCUGGCUACAAGACACGGUUCCUUCGCAGCAGGCCUGAGCUGGCGCGGAUAUCGUGGAUCAACGACGUUCAGCAAGAGAAGCAAGUCGGCCAUGCUGCGGAAACGCUUAUCCACCUUGCUCUUGAAAAGGAGCAGCAAGUGUGGAACAAAAAGAUUGAGCUCAGUCUUGGGAAACUGGCCCUGUUGGCUGAGGAAGAGCAAAAGUCGCAGUCAUCAGGCUCCAAGGCGACUGCAGACGAACUCCGCAUUGACCAGCAAAUCAAGCACGUUGACAAGGAGCUCGUCACGAUUAGGAUCCAGGAUCAGCUCUACGCUCAAAUUCUCCCCAGCACUUACGACGCCGUUGACGAAGCCGCGGCUCUGAAUCUUGCCAUGGAGGUCCAUGCUACCAACGUACCCAAGCGCCAAAAGGUCCUACGCCAGCUCUUCGAAGAUGGCAUGGAAAGGCUGCUGAAGCACGAGGUCCUCGAUCCCAUGACACUCAUUGAUCUGUUGACCCUGGCGGAUAUUAGCCCAGAAUCCCGAGAGAUGCAAGCACAUCCGUUUUGGUUGGCUCUUCAGGUGGCCGAGUCUAGUUGCAGCAGCGAUGAGCUCCGGGAAGCGAAACGGCUCAUCUGGAGGAGGCUCUUCAUCCGAGACGACUGGGCCAAGAUUAACGACACGCAGCUGAAAGAUGACCGGGAAGUUGUGGAGAGACUGGCAAGCACCGAGCUGUAUGCCAUGCUCUCAGACUGCGUUCGAAACCAGGAUGCCCAAAGCGAGUUUAGGCCUAUGACGCCUAGAGAGGCUCUUGGUGCUUUUACUGAGCAGCUCGAUCGUCGUUUCCGCGACUUUGACGCGAGCAUGAGGACCAAGCUCAUCGACUGUAUGCAUCACGAGGACAAGCUCCUUACGCAGCACAUUGAAAAGAACCGUCUCACAGAAUGGCUGCGCACCGCUCUGGAAGCCGUGCAAGCCGAGCACGACAAGGAGAAGCGGGAGACGCAGAAUGCCAUUGCCCCCAUGACCUUGGGCGCGCCCCUUGUUGGCGGCAACACCACCACUAACACCAAUGGCAAGGCUCUGUGA